AUGAUUCAUGACAACGAGGUCGUCAGCCUCGACGCUUUUCGAGAUAGCUUAGGCACCACUGUCAUUGCCAAGCUUGCUCCGAGCAAAGGUCCGCGUCGACGAGCCGUCAAAGGCAGGAAGAAAGAGAUCAAGCCAGUUGCCAGAGUGUCUAAUGGUGAUGGCGAGGAUCCGGACGGCAGCGAUGCUGGCGAGCUGAGCGACUUCAUCGAGUAUCUGGCCGAGGAACUCUUCCUCUCCCUGCCGUCAGACUUGCGGACCUUGUCAUUCGCAGCCAUCCAGGAUGACCCUUCCCUGAAAGAGAAGUACUCGACUCCACUAGAGUCGACACUUUUGGAGUCCGUAAUCGAGCACCUGCCACCAACAGUAGCAGACUCCCUCCAUACCUACGGCCUCAUUGACCCAGACGUCAGCAAUCUUGAUCGCUUCCUUGAGCCUGUGCUGGAGAGUUACAUCAACACCACCACAUCGGCGCCUCCAGAGUAUACUCCCGCCCUCACAGCCACACGCCCUGACGGCUGCGAGAUCUGUGGCCGAGAGCACCUACCGCUGACAUACCAUCACCUGAUCCCUAGACAGAUGCACGCCAAAGCCGUCAAACGUGGCUGGCACAAAGACUGGGAGUUGAACAAGGUUGCGUGGCUCUGCCGAGCGUGUCACUCUUACGUGCAUCAAGUUGCGACGAACGAGGAGCUAGCGCGUGAGCUAUAUAGCGUGGAGCUUUUGAUGGAGAGAGACGAUGUGCAGAAAUGGGCCAAUUGGAUCGGCCGGGUGAGGUGGAAAGCUCGAUAGGCAGAAGAUAGAGCUGAAGUCUGUACGUGGGGAGGCUAUACCUACUCAAUAGGACAUAGUGCUGUUUCCUUGGAGUGUCAAGCAGGCUUCAUGGUUCUGCCAGAGGGUUUGUUCUUGCCUGCCGUCACCCUGUUAACACGACUGCACUGCGAACCUGGAAGCGCAUGCGAACUAUUUUGGCCUUGUUGAAGAUCAUGGACAAGGAGUUGCCGGAGUAUGCUGCACCUCGAUUUGCUUGCAUGUCGUCGGCGUGGUACGCUACUCGCUCGCGGCAUGCCACGUUGCGGGCAGGCAUUUGCAUGUAACAGUAUACCAGAAGAGGUCUACUGCCUUGUGGAGGCGGGACGCUAUUCUUUACAGCAACCGUAUUGGGUUAAGCAUGAUUGCAGCUGCGGCUGGUAUUCUCCGGAGUGG